AUGGCUUCCCGCCGAAGUUCUGUCAUCCACGUCGACGAUGAAAAAAUCUGCCGCAUGUCCGUCAACAAUCCGGACUUCACCCACAUCUCGGACGAUGCAGCCAAAGCUACUGAAGUAGAGCGCAACAUGACGCUCUUGCAAGGUCUCAAAAUCUACCCCAAAGCUGUGGGCUGGAGCAUCUUACUCUCUGCCGCCAUUAUCAUGGAAGGUUUUGACAUUGUGCUGAUUGCGAACCUCCUCGCCGUCCCAGCUUUCAAGAAUAAAUUCGGCGUCCAACUUGCAGACGGCUCCUACGAGGUUACAGCAGCCUGGCAAUCCGGCCUUACGAACGGUGCAUACUGUGGAGAAAUCCUCGGUUUGAUGAUUAAUGGUAUCAUCGCUGAAAAAUAUGGCUUUAAGAAAACCAUGAUUAGCGCCCUCACGCUCGUCGCCAGCCUGAUAUUUAUUGUCUUCUUUGUCCAGAACAUUGAACAACUCCUCAUCGGACUCAUCCUCCUUGGAAUUCCGUGGGGUGUCUUCCAAACACUCACAACCACCUACGCCGCUGAAGUGUGUCCUGUGCCGCUCAGAGCUUACCUGACUACCUACGUCAAUCUUUGCUGGGUAAUGGGGCAGUUUCUCGCUUCGGGUGUGCUGAAGGGUGUUUCUACCCGCAACGACGAAUGGGCAUAUCGGAUCCCGUACGCGCUGCAAUGGAUUUGGCCCAUCCCGCUCAUCAUCGGCAUCGCACUUGCUCCCGAAUCUCCCUGGUGGCUCGUUCGAAAAGAACGUCUCGACGACGCGAAGAAAAUGGUACUGCGACUUACCUCGCGUAACCAAGCCGUGGACUUCAGCCCCGAUGAGACUGUAGCCAUGAUGCAGCAUACCAACGAGAUGGAAAAGAUGUCUUCUAGGGGCGCUACGUAUCUCGACUGCUUUAAGGGAACUGAUCUUUACCGAACGGAAAUCUGCGCUAUGACAUGGUUCACGCAAGCCUUCUGUGGGUCGUCAUUCAUGGGGUUUUCGACCUACUUUUUUGAACAAGCUGGACUUGACACAUCAAACGCCUUCAGCAUGUCCCUAGGACAAUACGCACUCGGUGCCGUCGGAACAUUCCUCGCAUGGUAUCUAAUGCAGAUAUGUGGGCGUCGAACUCUAUACGUCUGGGGCCAAGCCAUUCUCUGCGCCCUCCUCCUCAUCAUUGGAUUCUGCGGCAUUGCAUCCAAGGACAAUACCGGCGCACAGUGGGCAAUUGGGACCAUGCUUCUCAUCUUCACAUUCGUGUAUGACUCCACUGUUGGCCCUGUGUGCUAUUCCCUUGUCGCCGAAAUGCCGUCCACCCGCCUCCGCCAAAAGACCGUCGUCCUGGCCCGCAAUUUCUACAACAUCGCUAGCAUCAUCGGUAACAUCCUCACGCCGCGUAUGCUAAAUCCUAGCGCAUGGAACUGGGGCGCUAAGUCGGCAUUUUUCUGGGCGGGAACGUGCUUCUUGUGUUUUGUGUGGACGUACUUCAGGCUUCCGGAGCCGAGGGGGAGGACGUAUGGGGAGCUUGAUACUCUAUUUGAGCAGAGGGUGUCUGCGAGGAAGUUUACGAGGACGGAUGUGGAUUUGAAGGGAAAUGGUGCACAGACGGAGGGGUUUGGAGGGGAGAAGAAGGCGGUGACUGCGCAUUUAGAGACCAUGGAAUUGGCGAGGACGUAG